AUUAAAAUCUAAACCUUCAAGCAUUUAUUUCACAACCCACCAAAUUCCUCCCUCUCUCUCUCUCUUAAAUUUUAAGAUGCAGGGUCCAAAUUCUCUGCACACAACACUGUUCUUAUUCAUAGCCUUCUUCCUCCUGGGCUAUUCAUCCUGUCUCAAGAUUGGCGAAACAUGUUCAACAAGAAGCAACAACUGCGACACCGGCCUAACAUGCGGAACUUGCCCGGCCAAUGGCAACACAAGGCCACGGUGCACCCGGAUCCACCCGAUAAUUCCCACCUCCACGGUAAAAGGGCUGCCGUUUAACAAUUACACAUGGCUGACUACCCACAAUUCGUUUGCUCGGACCGGGUCAAAUUCGGGUACCGGGUCGUCUCUUCUAGCUCCGACCAAUCAGGAGGAUUCCAUCACUGAUCAGCUCAAGAAUGGCGUUCGAGGACUUAUGCUUGAUUUGUACGAUUUCAACAACGACAUUUGGUUGUGCCACUCCUUCAACGGCCAGUGUUUCAAUGUCACAGCAUUCCAACCAGCUAUCAAUGUUUUAAAAGAAAUUCAAGUGUUCCUUGAAGGAAACCCCACAGAGAUUGUGACCCUCUUCAUCGAAGAUUACGUGUCGUCGUCUCGAGGCCUCUCCAGAGUGUUCAAUGCAUCGGGCCUCACCCCGUACUUGUUCCCGCUCUCGCGAAUGCCAAGAAAUGGCCAAGACUGGCCCACGGUGGAUGAUAUGGCACAGAAGAAUCAACGUCUCGUCGUCUUCACCUCUAAGUCAUCCAAGGAAUCCUCCGAAGGGAUCGCCUAUGAAUGGAACUACGUCGUGGAAAAUCAAUAUGGAAACGGCGGGCUGAAAGGCAGCGCGUGCCCUAGUCGCUCCGAGUCAUCUGGGAUGAGCACAUUGUCAAGGUCGUUGGUGCUGAUGAACUACUUUCCAACUAAUCCGAAUACAUCUGAGGCUUGCGUCGACAACUCUGCGGACUUGAUUAGCAUGAUGAGAACUUGUUAUUCUGCUAGCGGCAACCGGUGGCCUAAUUUCAUUGCAGUUGAUUUUUACAAGAGGAGCGACGGUGGGGGAGCCGCGGAGGCUGUCGACCAAGCAAAUGGUCAGCUAACUUGUGGCUGUGGCAACAUUGCCUAUUGCAAGGCAAAUGCCACAUUUGGUACGUGUGAUGUGCCAGUGCUUUCGCCUCCGCCUCCAUCGCAGUUAUCUCCUACGGAGACACGAGAAGGGCCUAUCAGUGGUUCUCCGUUUACCAGGCCGUGCCGAUCUUGUUUGUUUUUCGUAACACUUUUGACACUUCUUCUUACGCGCCUUUGAUUCUACAAACGGGGAGAUGUGUUGUUGUAUUCGAGAUUAUUAUUGAGAGUGCAUUUUCUACAUUGUUUUCCAGCCUCUCUUUUAGGAUGCUCUGUGUUCUAGUACUAGUGUAUUAUUGAGCAUGUGAAUGAAUCAAUGUAUAGCCUGUAUAAUAAUUCUUGUACAUUAUGAAAGAAUUUUGAACAUGAAAGGGGAAUAAAUUUUACA